CUCUGGGCCUCGAACAGAUGCGGCACGAGACACCCCGCCAACAUCUUUAGCCGAUAAAGGCGAGCCUUUUACCUACGGUAGCCCGGUGUCUCUCUGAUUAUGGGGACAGUUCAAGCGUUGCUGCAAACCUCGGAGGUCGUACAAAGCUGUCUGCCGCUCUCCCUCUUUCCAUCCAGAUGCGUUUCACCUCUGGGCGAAAAACGGACUUUGGCCAACAAAGAUCAGAAACAUCAAAAGGUUCCGCCCUUCCAGGUUGAGUUCCUUCUUCGAAUCUCCGCUACCUUAACAGGCCCCCGCUGAAGACACCCGCCGUUUGCCCCACCCUUGCGCUUAAAUGGACGACAGGGAUUACGACGAGAUCGCUGGCGACAAGCAAUGGGCUUCGAAAUACAUCCUUGGCCCUCUCUACGACCCAGAGCCGAGUCAAGUCUGCGCAACUCGCUGUAAACCCCUUCCGACUCCGCCAGAGUCCGCAAGCCCUACCCGUGCAAAGUUCCCUCAGCGAGGCCAGAGCCCGGCUGACGACCCCGACGAAGAGCCGCCGUUCCUCCGCCGAGUUUUGAGCCGGAGGAACAGUUCACGAACUAAACCGCUUCCCCCUUCUCCCCCACGUUCCAAGUAUCCGCCUCUUUCCGGGUUGGAACUUAAGCGUUCUCUCUAUACCGCCAGCCCUCCGCAGACUCGCUGGAACCAGGGCACCAUCCUCAGCCGGGCCAACAGCGUAUCUACCUCCAGACCCAGCCUGAAUACUAUGGCGGCAGUAGGAAACGACACCAGACCGCGGCAACGCGCCGUUUCGCUUACUGAGCGCUAUCCCGGCGACCGGUCCCACAGGCCCCUUGAAAUGCUCACCCAAGAGCACAUGGCAAGGGAAGGAGGGAAAGAGGCCUUCCCACGUCGGUCUGCAUCCCUGAGGGAGCGCUACCCAGGCGACAUGUCCCACCGGCCGCUGGCCAUCCUAACCCGGGAGUACCGCGCGGCAGACCGGGCGCCGCACUUGCACAAUCACCGCCGCCAGCAGCCCAGCGAUACCAUCGACACGCUGGACGCCACCGGGCCUGUCCCCGGUGUGACGUACCAUCACGGCGGCCCCUUCGACGCCGCAUCAAAGGAGCGCAACAUCAACAAAAAGUACGCCCCUGUCGAGGCCGUCAUGGACACCAACAUCGAAGCCCUCAAGGCCACUCCCGCCGAGUACGUACAGGAUUCGCUUACGAAACAUGUCCCGCUCCAGGGAACCGCUGUUGUCCCACCGGGGAUGCAGGACCUGGGCGGGCGGACCAUGCACUAUGAGGAGGGGCCAGACCUGAUGCGCGAGGAGGACGCCCCUGGUGGGCCGUAUAAGCGGUGGGAUCACCUUCGUUACCGCGACGACGAUCUCAAAGGCAAAGGAGAGCCUGCAUUCUCCUUGGAGCAAGACCGGGAGCACAAGUCGCGAGGGAAGCGCCAUGCUGCUUCGCACUUCAACGGCGGAAUUGUCUACUAUGAGAUGCAGCCCACGUUCUCGUUCCGUGACCAUCACUCCAGCGGUGACGGCAAGCACAAGGAGGGAGGGACGCACGUCCGUCAGCGGAGCGUCAGCAACGGCGCCCAGCUGCUGCCCGAUGUGGAUGAGGCCUCGGCAGGGCCGUCUGGGUUGCAGCGGAGCAACACCACGGGUAAGAGCUUGGCGCAGAGUCUGAAGCGGCGCUUCGGGAGUCUGAGGAAGAAGCGGCCUUCAGAAGAGGUGGGGUAUUGAUUUGAACCGAGUGGCCUGCGCUCGUUUAGGUGGAAGCAAGGUUUGAGUUAGGAUAUAUUGGUAUGUUUCCUGUUCGGCGUGUUUCAUUUUGUCUGUCUGUUUUCAUAACUAUGAUAUAGACGGAGAGGAGUUGGUUAGGAUAUGGGCCAAAGGGGUUACUACAAGAUUUAUGGGGUACAUGUGCAGCACGCGAUGUGUUAAGCGAAUAUCUUUCACACUCCUUUCUGAGCGAAUACCAUUGUGUAAGAAUGUAUAGGAGUAUAUGCGGAGGCAGCAUUGCUUGCACUACAGUAACGCUGUACUCGCCAAGACAGAAGAAGCAAGAAAUAUGAUCACGCUGCCUAUCAAUUCAACCUGCU